GAUUCUGGUACUACCACAGAAGACGCUAGAUCUACAAUUGAAAGUGGUACUACUUCUGAAACUACUAUAACUGACAAUUCUGAUACUACCACUGAAGACGGUAAAUCUACAACGGAUAGUGGUACCACUUCUGAAACUACUCCCACUGAUAAUUCUGAUACUACCACAGACGAAACUAAAUCUACAACUGAAAGUAGUACCACGUCUGAAGCUAUUACAACUGAUAGUUCUGAUAGUUCUGAUACUACCACAGAAGAUGCUAAAUCUACAACUGAAAGUGGUACAACGUUUGAAACUACUACAACUGAUAGUUCUAAAACUACCACAGAAAGAGCUAAAUCUACAACUGAUAGUGAAACCACUUCUGAAAGUACUACAACUGAUAAUUUUGAUACUUCCACAGGCGAAACUAAAUCUACAACUGAAAGUGCUAUCACUUCUGAAACUACCACAACGGAUAAUUCUGAUACUACCACAGAAGACGCUAGAUCCACAACUGAUAGUGGUACCACAUCUGAAACUACUACAACAUAUAAUUCUGAUACUACCACUGACGAAGCUAAAUCUACAACUGAAAGUGGCACCACUUCUGAAGUUACUACAACUGAAAGUAGUACCACUUCUGAUACUACCACAACUGAUAAUUCUGAUACUACCACAGACGAAGCUAAAUCUACAACUGAAAGUGGUACCACUUCUGAAACUACUACAACAGAUAAUUCUGAUUCUACCACAGACGAAGCUAAAUCUACAACAGAGACUACAACAACGACUGAAACUAGUACUACUUUCACUUGUAAAUCCGCCGGUAGAUUCGCCGAUCCUGACGAUUAUAGCUGUCAAUCUUACUUCCUCUGCGUACAAUCGAGCAAUGGAUCUUACGCAGCUUAUCAAUACACGUGUCCUACUUCGUCUUUAUUUAAUCCAAAUUUAAAUAUUUGCUCGUCGAGUUACCAAUGUACUGUUACUACUACGCCCAAACCAUAUACAUGUAUGAAUGCCGGAAGAUUUGCCAAUACUGACGACAGAACUUGUAAAUCUUACUAUCUCUGUGUGGAAAGCAGUAAUGGCGUUUACACUUCAUACACCUCAACGUGUCCAUCACAGUCACUUUUUAAUCCUAUUUUAAAAAUAUGUUCAAGUAGCUACGAAUGCGGAAGUUCAAUAUCAGAAUCUAGUAGUACUACAACAACAACAACAACAACAACAACAACAACAACAACAACAACAACAACUUCUACUACUACAACAACGCCCCCUUCUCCAGCCUUCUCCUGUAAAGCCGCAGGAAGGUUUGCUGACUUUAAUGAUAACACCUGUAAAAUAUAUUUCUUAUGUGUAUCGUCUCAAGACGGUACUUACACUCGGUAUGAGUACAAUUGCCCUGGUGCAGCAGUUUUUAACCCCAACUCUAAGAUUUGUACGACUAGUUAUAGCUGUAGAAAAUAAAAUUACUAAAAAUAUGUUUUAAAUAUCUUUAUUACAUGUUAUCUAUCAUGUUUCAUAAUUUCUUAAUGAAAUAAAAAUCUGAUCCAGGUGUAAGUACUACGGGCAAAAAAACUACUAAAAAAUAAAAUAAUUAAAAAAAUAUUGCACUUAUGUCGUACCCUUGGUGUACAGCUACAUUUAAAUAUAAGUCAAAAGUGUUUUAACACAUGAAUGUAAUUAAAGUAAUACGAGUAUACAUAAAACAAAUUAUGUAAUAUGUUAAAUCUUUGAACAUCUGUACUGCAAACGUGUCAUUUUGCAGAUGUAGCAUUAUGCAAUAGGGAUGCGAUAGAUGGUAAUUUGAUCCUUCAUGUGAUCCUCUAAUAUCUUUAAAAGUUGGUGAGCUUAGUUCCUGUUAUUUGUUUUUA